AUGAUGUUGAUCUCUGAUUGGCUGCAUUGGGCUAAUGCUGUGGAGACUACGUUGACAUCAUAAACCACGCGCGCUCUCCCUGCCGCUUCCUCCCCUCGUCAGAAAGAACUGGACUUCUGUGUUCCGUCUAGGCCCAGGGAAUGGCAUUUGCAAAGACCUGGUGGCCUGAAAUACAGCAGGGCACAUUCUAGGGCCGGCGACUGCAGUGCGAGCUCUAGGGUGUUGCUCGCAGAUGAGUAUUCUAAACGGAGGCCCCGGAGAUGUUAAAGGAAAAUCUUGUGAGGAUCACUGUAUACUACAGCACUCUAACCGAAUAUGUGUCAUCACAUUGGCAGAAUCUCAUCCAGUUCUUCAGAGUGGAAAAACAAUUAAAAGCAUUUCCUAUCAGAUCAGUACCAACUGUAGCAGACUUCAGAACAAGGUCUCUGGGAAAUUUAAGCGGGGGGCACAGUUUCUAACAGAACUUGCACCUCUCUGUAAGAUUUACUGCUCAGAUGGUGAAGAAUAUACUGUAUCUAGCUGUGUUAGAGGACGUUUGAUGGAAGUGAAUGAAAACAUUCUCCAUAAGCCAUCUAUUCUUCAAGAAAAGCCAUCUACUGAAGGCUACAUUGCAGUUGUGUUACCGAAAUUUGAAGAAAGUAAAAGCAUAACAGAAGGGUUACUGACACAAAAACAAUAUGAAGAAGUCAUGGUGAAACGCAUUAAUGCCACAACAGCUACGUCAUGAGGAUUGACAUGGAGCAAAAAGCAAGGCGGGAUUCUUGUUACCUGGCCUAAACCAUCUGUGCACUAAAGGAGAAGAACCAGUAUAUGCAAAGCAUACCUAACAGCCAGCCAUAUGCAGGGGAGGCCUAGUGCUUCACUUAACUUUGUUUUCUCUGUCUUGCAUAAUGAGCCUUGAUUCCCAUUUGCCUUCAGCCUGCCAGAUCUGGCUGCCUGUGUACUCACGCUGUUCUCUUGGAUCAAACAACUGGCAUGCAAGGGAUGUUUUUCUGAUUAAAAACAAACAAAGCUCUUUGAAGAAAAUUUAGAAAAUACAGAGAAGUUUUAAGUAGCCAAGUAAAAAUAAUUUACCCAUCAUCCCAUAAUCCAGAAGUAAAUACAUCUGACCCUUGAACAACAUGGGUUUGAACUGCAAGGGUCCCCUUUUACAUGGUUUGUUUUUAACCAUAAAUGAAUCAAAAAUAUAUCAUUAACCAAACACGAAACCCUCAGGUUCCGAAGGGCCAACUGCAGGACUUGAGUUAUGUGAAGAUUUGGGUAUAUGCGGAAGGUCCUGGAACCAAUCCCCUAUAUAAACCAAGGGAUAACUAUACUGCAAUUUAACUUACUUCUGUUUGAACAUUAUGAUAGAGUUAUUGCUUUUGCCUCACUUGCCUAUCAGUUUGAAGUUUAAAAAAAACCUAACCCACCCUUCUUACCUAAUCUGCUAUAAUGUACCUACCAAAAAGCCUAGUCCUAGCCCAUCUGCCUCAGCUCCUCUCCCUUUUAGGUUAUAGGGAAGAGGCUGGAGUAUAGAGUAUAUUGUAUCUUCUGCCCUUCUUAUGUCAACAAGAUAGCCUUCCCCUCUGAAACAAAGUAAAACUGUAACACUGUGACUUCUUAAAUGAAGGAUAUGUGGAAAGGCUAUGAAAAAUACAAAGGCUUUCCUAGGAAAUGUGGAAAGCUAGUUCUUGAAAUAUAUACAUUGUAGUCACUCAGUCUCACAUAUUCUAGUUACCAGCUAAGAAGUUACUGAGAAUCUGUCAUUCAAAGGCAUAGAAGCAUGGAAGCCUCUGAGUGGAACAAAUGCUUUCACAUCAUUUAAGCUAAAAAAAAAAAAAUCUCCAGCAACUAUGAAUUUAUAGUUUAAGGUUGAUUUACACUGAAUUUCAAAUAAAAGGACUAUAAAACUUGUUGUUUUUCUGUAAGGGAUGUAACAUACAUUUCAACAUCCCUGUUUUUUUAGUAAAAUACAUUUUUAUAUAGAAGAAAUCAUUUGAUGUAUAAAUUCCAUUGGUUAUCCUCUUAUGCUGUUGAAGUCAUAAAUUACCCCUUCUCAACCCCUACUUGCUCUUUCAUUAGAGAAUAUUCUUUUUUCAGGUAUGCAAAAAUAUUCUCUAAUGAAAGUGCAAAUGGGGGUUGGGAUUUUUAAGUAUGAUUUUGUAAAUGAAACUUAAAGAUCAUUUUGAUUCAUAGGAAAAAAUUUCUUGUAAUCUGAGUGCCAGCAUGACUAGCCCCCUAAAUAUACCCAUCAGACAUGAUACAUGUAGUAAGUGGGAAAACACCUCCAUGAUGGUGCUAUUAGCUGCAAAUAUAAACACAAACAGCAGAUCCUCACUUUAGGUAGCACAAAGACUCCUAAAGUCUUCAUAAAACAGACACUAGACAUAGUAAAAGAAUUGUGUAUAAUAUUUUACAUAUAACAUCACCUCAUAUAAUUCUCUAAAUUUAUGUUAUAAUUUAAAAGAAUACUUUGGUUUCAGAGAAUAAAAAGUCAUGCUUGAUGAUUUUGAACUGUGUAAGGAAGGAUUUUACAAAGGGCAUUAACAAAGCUGAGUGCAUCACAUUUUCUCCCAAAGGACAACAGUGAAAAUUUUCUUCAAUAAAAUAUUGACUAGCUAUGGUCAA